AUGGCUCAACCUGUAAAAGAUUUAAUUAGUGAUCUAAUAGACAGUACAGAUGAUGAAUUUCCUAUUAAAUUGAAAUCUAAUAUUAAAUGGAAUAGAGCAAGAGGGGAUUUAUUACAUUGGAUUCCAAUUCUAAAUAGAAUUGAUGAUAUUCUAGCAACCUACAUAAAAGAAUACGAUUUAGAAAAUGAAUAUCCUAAACUACUUAUAAUACCAGAACCAGAUAAAACCAAGAUCAUUUCAUGUUUGGAGUUCACAAACACUUUAUUAAAUAACUGUUCAGAUAAACAAAUUUAUUCAAGUUCAGAAAGAAUAUAUGCAUUAAUAAAUACACCUACUUUAAAUAUAAGGCUAAAAGCAUUAGAAGUAGCAGUUAUGUUGGGAGAAAAAUUUGUAACUACUGGUGCUUCGAGAUUUUCUGCUCCAAAAAAUGCUAGAAAUAAAAUAUUGGAAUUAGCAAGAUCGUAUCCUCCAUUAGUUCCACUGGAUUGUCCAUCAAGACAGUAUGAAAUGGAUCAAUCAAAAGAAUCAAAUGAUAUUUCAAGUAUUAUAGGAGAUCAUUAUAAUUUUGUAAGUACAUUAAAUCCAAAUAAAAGUUUACCAAAAAAAUGGAAGAGUAUAAAUUUUCAAUAUUAUAAAUCAACAGUUGCAAAUCAAAAUGCAAAAGAUAAGAAUUCCGUACUGGAAGGUCUUCAAAUUUUUUCAAUUCCAGAAGAUUCAGUUGCAAAAUUUUCACUAGAUCAAUUGUUUGCAAAAGGUAUGGAAAUUUUACCUAAAGAUUCUUGGUUUGCCUAUUCUAUAGCUGCAGAAGUUGCAAAAUCUUUUAAUUCACUGCUGCAAGAAGCAUUUCAACUACGUGAAAAAUUAAUUCAAGUCAAAUGUCUAGCAACUGGAUUUUCAUGUUGUAUGUUAUCAAAUCAAAAUACUUCAUCAAAAUUAUUGGAAACUGAACCUUACAUUUUAAGCUUUUUAGUUGAUGCAAUACUGCCUGAUAAUAAUAAGAUUGUUUCAAAAGACGUUUUUUAUUCAGCAAUGAAAGCACUUGAAUGUAUCUCAAUGAAAAAAGUUUGGGGUGGUGACAUAUUAAGGUGCAUGAAUGGAAAUGUUAGUCAUGGAACUUUAUUUCAAUGUUUAAGACAUAUUAAAGACAUGGUUGAACGUGAUGAUCCAAACUAUUAUGAAGAAGCUUAUAUAUUAUUUUUCAAUAUGCUUGGUAAUAUGAUAACAACUAAAAGUCUUCUUCCAAGACUUGCAUCAGGUGGAUUAUUGAAUGAUUUAAUGCCAUUUUUGAACAUACGGUCAAAAUAUAAAUGGAGUUGCUCUGCAGCUGUUCAUCUGCUUGCUUUAUAUCUUUCAGCAAAUAUUGAGUCUUCAUUGGAUGAGUUUAUUGCAAAUGGUGGGUUUACAUCUUUAAUUAAUGCUAUUAGACACGAAAUUCAAUUUGCCCUUGCAAAUCCCCAACAUUCAGAUCCAUUUCAUGGUGAAAUAGCUCCAUAUUCAGGUCUACCAUUAAGAAGAGUUAAUUAUUUAAAAAAUUUGAUGAAAUUGGUUGCAGAUUUAUUAAAUUCAGAUCAAGGUGAUAGACUUAGGAAUUUAUUCGAUUCACCAAUACUUGAAAGUUUCAAUCAAAUAGUGACAAAUCCUACUCUAUUUGGACCUCAAGUUCUAGCAUAUACUAUUGAUUCAGUGUUUUACAUAAUUCAUAACGAACCAACCGCAUUUUCAAUAUUGAAUGAAGCUAAAGUGAUUGAUACAAUUUUGGAUAAUUAUGGAAAAUUGUUUCUACCAUCUGGUCAAUUAUUAAUGUCAUUACCUGAAGUUUUAGGAGCUAUCUGUUUAAACAAUGAAGGUUUAGAAAAAGUUAAACAAAAAAAUAGUAUUGCAACUUUCUUCAAAUCAUUUUAUGACUUAUCACUAGCUAAAGUUUUGGUUAAGUCAGAUAUGGCUACCAAUUUAGGAUGUUCAUUUGAUGAAUUGGGAAGACAUUAUUCUAGCUUGAAACCGAUCAUCUUGGAAGAGGUAAAGAAGUUAUUAGUUGAAAUGGUACCAUAUGUCGAGGAACGCAUGAAAGGAAUCAAAAUUUAUAAUGAAGACAAAUCUUUCUUUUACAAUGGAAAAGAUUCUGCAAAUUUACAAUUGACUAAAGAUGGGAAAGAAGUAGAAAGUUGGGAUAAUCAAGAUUGUGCUUUUUUACUUGAUAAUGUAUAUUUUUUCCUUGGUGGUUUAUUACAAGAUAGUGGCCAAUGGGGAUCUGAUGUUGUUCGUAAAAUCGAUUUUAACAUUUGGCUUCAUUUUAUAACCCUUAAAAAUGCUCCUUAUGAUUACUUUUUAUCAAAUGGUAUAUCUUCAUUGAUGGGCAUAUUAAAAUAUUUUGAUGAUGAAAAUAGAGAAUAUGGUUUUCCUAUAGUGGUGGAAAAAUUAAGAGAUUCUUUUGGUAAUGAAUUAUUAAACAAUUAUAUAUUUUAUGAAGGAGAUGAUUCCUUUUUUGAUACCCUUGAUCCAACUGAAGCAGAUGAAUUAUUGCAAGUUUUAAACCAAGUUAAUACUUUAUUGUUUACAUUAACGGAAAUUUACAUGAAUUUAGGUUUACUUUUUAACGAUAGAAUUAAUCAAAUUUUAGAUCAAUUUGGUACCUAUCAAACUUUUAGUAAGUGCUUAUACAUGCUUUUACAAAGAAGUAUAAUCGAAGAAACCAUUUUACGAAACCGAACACCUGAUGAAGUUUUAAAAUUAACUUCCAAUUUCCCUAAUGACAGUCCACCAUUACAAAUUCAUGUAUGUGAUCCAGCAGAUUCAAAAGCUGAUACUUCAUACACAAACCCUCAAUUUAAAAACACUUUGCAAUUCCGUACACUUAAUUAUUAUUUCCAAGGAUACAUCGCAUUAAUAUUUGCCACUGCCGUUCGAGCUUGUAUGCCAAAAAGAACUGACUUUAUGUGCUACCUGUCUAAAAAAGAUGCAAUAAUAUUCAUAUUAUGGAUUGCUUAUUUAAUGACAAAUUCAUAUGCUCACCCCGUUGAACCAAGAUACAAUAAACAAUGUUACCUUAUGGCAAUAUCAAACGUUAAUUUAUAUAUAAUUAAUCAAAAGGAGAGAAACAAAGAUAAUGUUUUCACUCCUAUAAUAAUGGCAUUAUUUCAAACUUUAUUUUAUGACGUACUUACUGAAGUGACAUUUGACUUAAUAAAAGAUUUAGUUAAAAUGGAUCCAGAAGAAGUACAAGAAACUGCAGAACUUAAAUAUAUAAGCCCACAACCAAGUAGUGUUGUUAAAAAUGCUAUUAGUCAAAACCUUAUGAUAUUUGCUAAAUCGGUUAAUGGUGAUGAAUUGAGUAAUUUUCCAUUUGCUAAAGGGUUUUUUGCAAAAGGUUAUGGUCCAAAUAUUGAUUCUGAAAUAAUAUCAUCAACUUUACUUCAAAUUAGAGAUAAAGCACUUGUAUUGGUUGAAAGAUUAACUGGUUUAAUUACAAAAUCAAAUGACAACGCUCUUGAAAUGAAGAAUAUACCCACUCCAUUGAUUGAACAACUUAUAUAUAUUGCUGUGAACAUUUUUGGUGCUAAGAAGGAAAUACCUUCAGAAUUUGUUCCAUUAGCAGAAGAAUUGGUAUUUCCACCCGAAGAACAAGUGGCUUUUCUAAUAUCAUUAGGUAUGUCAGAAAGUCAAGCAGAGCAUUAUUUUGAGCAUGAAACUGAUUUAUCAAACUUACGUAAAGGGAAAGCACUACCUUGUCCUGAAUUUAGUGAAUUUUCAGCAAAAGACUGGAAAAAUUUUGCCAGAGAAUUGAAUGAAAGUGAUGUUGAUUUUAGUGUGUAUGUUCCUGAUUUUAAAAAGAGAAAAGAUAUACUAAAAGAUAGAGAUCAAAAAUGGUCUUCUGAUGAUUGGUUGAAUAUUGCAGUUACUUAUCCAAAAACUGCUCAUUUAAUUGCUGAUCUAUUCUUGACAUUACAUAAAGGUCAAAUUAUUGACGUUUUGAUUAAUAAAGUUUCUCAAGAUAUUCAAAACUUGGAAGAAGAAACUUAUGUGGUUUAUAUUCAUUUGAUUUCAUUGCUACUUCAAGACAAUGAUGUCAAAAAGAAAGGUGGUUUGACCGAAGUUGGCAAAAUAUUCAAAAAAGGAGUCAUCGAUGAACAAAACGUUGAUAAAGGGUACUUUCAGUACUUGAUGUCCAUAGUAGAACAGAAAUUGAUAACUGAAGACGUUCCUGAACCGCAAAAAUCCAAACAUGAUAAACUUGACUAUAAAAAAGAAAGUAAUAAAGGUCAAGUCGAUGAAAUGAAAGAAAAUAUUUACUCACAAAUAAUACCAAUAAAAGAGGUGAAGAGUCUUAGAUCUGCCAAUGGUUUAGCUCGGGUACUUGCAUUAUUUGCUAAAGACCACUCGUUUGCUGAAAAAAUAUCACAACUACCCUUACUUGCAAAUUUAAUACAAUUUUCCAAAGCUGAAAGUAAAGAUAAGGUAGUUCAAGAAUCCUUAAAAACAAGUGUAGUUCUUAUGCUAAGAUUUUGCUUCGAAUCAAGAGAUAUUGUUGAAUCUUACAUGAAACCUGAACUUUCCAGCAUUUUUGGUCAUGGUAUCAAACAAUCCAAAAAUUUGAGGGUAUUAUUGAAAGAUAAUUUAUCAUUGGUUUUCAGAGAUCCUAAGGCACUUACUGAUGAGAUAUCUAAAAAUAUUUUACUUGAACAUUAUGAUGGUGGGAAAGAUCUUGUUUUUGGAGAUUUACAAGUUGUAAAAGCUAAGAAGGAAGAAGACUCUAAAUCGUCAGACACUGAAAUGACAGAUCAUGGUACAAAAGAAUUAAAAUCAGGAACAAUUAUGGGUGUUUUAUUGACUGAAUUAAUGGAAGCUGUGAAGACUGACUGGGUAUCAAAUCCUAAGUCUGACAAAGAAGACAAGGACAAAAGUGAUAAAAAAGAAGUUAAUUUAUUUGAAAAUACCAAUUUUGCAUAUAUUUGUUUCUUAUUACAAAGUAUCACGGAAUUAUUAGGUUCAUACAAACAAGCUAAAUUUGAUUUUUUGACAUUUUCAAGAAAAGUUCAAAGUGAAAUAAAACCCAGAUCAACAUCAUUAAAUUUCUUCAUUCAUCAAUUGAUACCAACACACCUGUUAGAAAGUUCUGGACCUGAGUAUGAUAGACGUUGUGCUGUUUCGUCUGUUGCAAAAAUGUCAAUUAUGAGUUUAAUUUCUUCACCAUUAUUGGAUAAUUCCGAAGAAACUAGUCCUAAAAAAGAGGAUCCAGAUCUUGCUUUAAUCAGAAGAUUUGUUGUUGAUCUAUUAAUUAAAAUUAUGAAAGAUACUUCGAAUCUAAAUAUUACAGCUAGAUCAAGGUAUGGUAAAUUACUAGAUUUGUUCGAUUUAAGUGGGGUUUUGAUUUCACCUAAAUUUAGAGAUGCUAUUGGACCUUUAUUAAACAAGGAAUCUACAAAAUAUGAUAUUUAUCACAUUACCAAAGUUUAUGUUGAAAAACACUUACCACAAUUAUUAACUACUUUAAUUGCCGAAUUUGAUUUAAAUUUUCCAGAAAUUGACAGAGUAAUCAAAACUGUAUUGAAACCAAUUGCAUACUUGGGUAAAAACAAAGUUGAGUAUCAAGACUUAUUUAAAGAAGAAAGCAAAGAAGAAAAUGAUGAAGACGAUAUUGUACCUGAAGAUGAACAUGAGGGUAGAGAAGAAACUCCAGAUUUGUUCCGUAAUUCUACAUUGGGUAUGUAUGAUGUUGAUAUUGAUAGUGAUGAUGAACAAUUUUAUCAAGAUGGUCCAUUAGAAGUUAUUAUGUCUGGUGAUGAAAUUGAUAGUGAUGAAUCAUCUGAACUUUCAGCCAUUGAUUCUUCUGGUGACGAAGAUGACAAUGAUGAUGAGGAUGAGGAUAUAGAUAUGGAUGCAGAAUCAUUUGAAGGAGGUAAUAUUUAUGAAGAUGGCUCUGGUUCAGAAGGUAGUCUAGAUGAUAUAGAAAUUAUUGAUGAAUUAGAUAUCGACUCAUCAAGUGAUGUUGAAAAUUUUGAUAAUUCAGGUGAAGAAGAAAUUGAGAUAGAUGACGAUGAUGAUGAUGAUGGUGAUGACAGCGAAAGUGAAGACGAAGAUUCAGAAAGUGAAUAUGAUGAAGAUGAGUUAGACGGCUGGAUUGAAGAGUUUGAAGAUGGUCAAGAUCCAAACGAAUCUGCAAAUGGUCGUAGUCAUAAUCGUCUGCGUGGUCGUCUGUUUAGUAAUGUACAUGAUGCAUUUCAUUCAUUUUUGCAUGAUCCGCAUGGUUUCAGAUCUGGAAGAGAAAUUUUUAAUGAUGAGAAUGAAGGAUCUGAAGCUGAAAAUAGUGACGAUGAAUCAAGACUGGAAGUUGAUAUAAGAAUGAUUAAUACUCAUAAUCAUGGAUUAAGAAGAGUAUUUGAUCAAGCUGGAUUUUCACAAUUGGAAAGAAGUUCACCGGCUUUAUCAGUUUUAUUAGAUGGACUUUUCAGAGAAGGAAAUUUCAGAGGUUCAAUUGAAAUAAGUAAUGAAGACAGUCGUGGUGGUGCUACUUCAAUUGGUAGAUUGUUUGAAAAUAUGAUGCAUCUUGGACAAGCUGCAAAACAUGCUGAACAUACUCAUAAUCUUCAUAUUAAAUCUACAAAGGAGAGAUGGGUGGACGCUUUGAAAAUGUUUGAUCCAAAAGAUAAAGAUGAUUUAGUCUUAAGAGUUAUACCCGGAAUUAUAGACAAAAUAGAUGAAAAAAGUGCUGAAGUUUAUCAAGAAAAAUUAUCAGAGAUGCUGAAACUUAGAAAGGAAAGAGAAGAAAAGGAAAAAAAGAGAUUGGAAGAUGAGCAAAAAAAACGUGAAGAAGAGGCUAAAAGAAGAGAAGAAAUUGCAGCAAAUGCUCCACCAAGAGAUCCAGUUAUGGUUAGAAUUGGAGAUAGAGAUGUUGAUAUUAGUGGAACUGAUAUAGAUCCUGAUUACAUUGAAGCAUUACCAGAAGAUAUGAGAGAGGAAGUCCUAGCGCUGUAUGUGAGAGAAAGAAGAGCAAAUGCAACUUCUACUGGUACUGACGCUAGAGAAAUUGAUCCAGAUUUCUUAAAUGCAUUACCCGGUAAUAUUAGACAAGAAAUUUUACAACAAGAAUCAUUAGCAAGAAGAUAUUCCGCAUUUGAAGGAAACAGAGACGAAUUUAGCGAUGCUGUAGAAGAUCAUGAUGAAGAUGAUGAAGAUGAUCAUGAUGAGGAUAUUGGAAAUAUGAUUUAUUCCAUGAGACCUCAAUCUAGACGUACCAGUGCUGCUGCUACUUCUGCUUCUGUUUCUGCUUCUGCUAGAACUUUAAAUUCAGCUGAAUCAUCGAAAAAGAAAUCAUCAGGUAAAAUAUUUUUCUUACCAUUAGUUGAUAAAAAUGGUAUAGCUGCAUUAGUAAGAUUGUUGUUUUCUCCAUUGUCAAUAAUCCAAAGAGAACAAAUUUAUCAUGCACUUCAAUAUAUUUGUCAUAACAAACAAAGUAGAAUUGAAACUAUGAAUUUAAUGAUUGCCAUAUUACAUGAUAUUUUUACCAGUCAAAAACUGAUUCAAAAAAUAUAUUCACAACUUUGUUCUCGUGCAUUAGGCGGUAAAGAAGUCAAAGUUAGAGUACCAUUAAAUACCACUCCAAUUUCAAUAGGUAUUCAAUUCAUCGAGUCCAUAGAUUAUUUACUUGAAAAGAAUAUUCAUUUGAGGUAUUAUUUAUUAACAGAGCAUGAAAUUCUGGUAUCAUCAACUAAAAAAGGUAAAAAAUCAUUAAAAGAAAGUAUUUAUCCAAUAAAUAGUUUGUUAAAAUUGUUAGACAACAAAUUGGUUGCAGAAGAUCAAACAUUUUUAGAUAUUUUAGCAAGAGUAUUACAAGUUUCAACUCGUCCAUUAAAUUCUUUCAAAAAAAGCGGCGAAGAAGGCAAGCCAAUCACACCAAUUCCAAUACCAACAAUUCCAGAAGAAAAUCUUAGAUAUAUUGUUAAAAUUUUAACCGGUAAUGAUUGUUCAAAUUCAACAUUCAGAAGAGCAAUUAGUGCAAUGCAAAAUUUGGCAGCUUUAUCAAGUGCACUGGAAAUUUUUACAAAAGAAUUGUCUGAAAAAGCAAGUGAAUUUGGUAAUAAAAUUAUCAAUGACUUAAAUAAAUUAAGUAAAGAAUUGAAUGAUAAGGGAGAAUUAAGUAGUAAAUUGUUCUCAAAAUUUAGUGCUCAUUCAUCGGAUCAAGCUAAAUUGUUACGUGUUUUAACUGCUUUGGAUUAUAUGUUUGAACAUAAAGAUGAAAAAAUUAAAGAAAAAAAUAAUGAUAUUGAAGAAUUAACUGAAUUGUAUAAGAAAUUAGCACUUGGAAAUCUUUGGGAUGCUUUAAGUGAAUGUUUAAGAACUUUAGAAAGUAAACCUCAAUAUCAUACUAUUGCAAAUGCAUUAUUACCAUUAAUUGAAGCUUUGAUGGUUGUUUGUAAACAUGGAAAAGUACGUGAAAUUAAAGAUAAUCUUAAAUAUGAAGUUAAAAGAAUCGAUUUUUCAAAAGAACCAAUUGAAUCCUUAUUCUUUUCAUUUACUGAUGAACAUAAAAAGAUACUUAAUCAAAUGGUUAGAACAAAUCCAAACUUAAUGAGUGGUCCUUUUGGUAUGUUAGUUAAAAAUCCAAGAGUAUUAGAAUUUGAUAAUAAAAAGAAUUAUUUUGAUCGUAAAUUACAUACAGAUAAAAAGGAAAAUUCAAAAUUAUCAGUUAAUGUUCGUCGUGAUCAAGUGUUUUUAGAUUCUUAUCGUGCAUUAUUUUUUAAACCAAAAGAUGAAUUUAAAAAUUCUAAAUUAGAUAUUAAUUUCAAAGGCGAACAAGGUAUCGACGCUGGUGGUGUUACAAGAGAAUGGUAUCAAGUAUUAAGUAGACAAAUGUUUAAUCCAGAUUAUGCAUUAUUUACUCCGGUUGUAUCUGAUGAAACAACUUUCCAUCCUAAUCGUACUUCAUAUGUUAAUCCUGAACAUUUAUCAUUUUUUAAAUUCAUUGGUCGUAUAAUAGGUAAAGCCAUAUAUGAUAACUGCUUUUUAGAUUGUCAUUUUUCAAGAGCAGUUUAUAAAAGAAUAUUAGGUCAACCACAAUCAUUAAAAGAUAUGGAAACUUUAGAUUUAGAUUAUUAUAAAUCAUUAAUUUGGAUGUUGGAAAAUGAUAUAACUGAUAUAAUAACUGAAACUUUCAGUGUUGAAACUGAUGAUUAUGGAGAACAUAAAGUUAUUGAUUUAAUUGAAAAUGGUGCAAAUAUUCCAGUUAUUGAAGAAAAUAAACAAGAUUAUGUAAAAAAAGUUGUUGAAUAUAAAUUACAAACAUCAGUUGAAGAACAAAUGGAAAAUUUUUUAAUUGGAUUUCAUGAAAUUAUAUCAAAAGAUUUAAUUGCAAUAUUUGAUGAAAAAGAAUUAGAAUUAUUAAUAUCUGGAUUACCUGAUAUUGAUGUUCAUGAUUGGCAAACUCAUACAAGUUAUAAUAAUUAUUCACCAUCAUCUUUACAAAUUCAAUGGUUCUGGAGAGCUGUUAAAUCUUUUGAUAAUGAAGAAAGAGCAAGAUUAUUACAAUUUGCAACUGGUACAUCAAAAGUUCCAUUAAAUGGGUUUAAAGAAUUAAGUGGUGCAAGUGGUACUUGUAAAUUUAGUAUUCAUCGUGAUUAUGGUACAACUGAUAGAUUACCAUCAUCUCAUACAUGUUUUAAUCAAAUUGAUUUACCUGCAUAUGAAAAUUAUGAAACUUUAAGAGGUUCUGUAUUGAUGGCUAUAACUGAAGGUCAUGAAGGUUUUGGAUUAGCUUAA